AUGUCAAAUAAACAACAACAACAACAUGAAAUAUUUACUCUCAUGCCAGGAGAUAUACUAGUAAUUAAAAUUAUUAGAGGAGAGGAUUUAAUAAUAGCAGAUGCUAAUGAUUUUAAACAAAGAUUAAAAGAUUUUAAAUUGAGUUCAUUUAGACAUUUAGUUGAAGUUUCAAAUGAAAAAGUUUUACCUGGUGGUUUAGUUGGUGGUUUUUUAAGAACUACAACUCAAAUGAAAACUUUAAAUCCAAUAUGGAAUGAUGAAUUUCAAUUUGAAAUAUUAAAUGAAAUGGAUAAUUUAUUAAUACAUUUUUAUGUUUAUGAUUGGGAUAGAUUAACUAAAGAUGAUCCAAUGGGUGAUGUAAUAUUUACAUUAACAAAAGAAGAUUUAUAUUUUCUAGUAAAUAAACCAAGAGAAUAUAAAUUAAAUUUACAAAAUGUAGAAACAGGUAAUAUUAUAUUUGAAAUUACAAUUUUAGAAGGUCCAUUAAGAUUAAAAUCACUUUCACUUCAAAGUUAUAAUUCAUUUCUUAAACAUGCUCCAAGAGGUACAUUAUCAAAUACUAAAUUAUCAGGUUUAAAUAUUUCUAAUAAUAGUAAUGAUACUAAAAAUAGUGAUGGAUGGAAAGAAUUAAGUGAAUUAAAUAAUUAUCCAAUUGAAAUGGAAGUACCAUUUGAAUGGGAUGUUUCUAAAUAUGAAAUUGGUACUAAUGAAUUUGAUAAUUUAAUUAUACAUUUAAAAUUACAACCAUCUUAUGAAAAUAAUUCUAAAAAUACAAAACCUACUAUUUAUAUUAAUAUUGAACAAUUUCAUCAUAUUUCUAUUAAUAAUGAAAAUGAUAAUAAUUUAACAAUUAAUACUACUACUAGUAAUGAUUCUAAUAAUAAUGAUACUAAUAAUACUACUAAUAAUAAUGAUACUAAUAAUAGUAAUAAUAAUUCUAAUUCUAAUAGUAAUAAUACAUUUAAAAAAGAAGAAGAAGAAUUUAUUCAAAAAUAUAUUCUGAAUGAAAUUGAUGAUAAAAUGAAAAAGAGUUUAAAUUUUGAAAUGUAUAAUAAUGAUUUUAAACAAAGAUUAAAAGAUUUUAAAUUGAGUUCAUUUAGACAUUUAGUUGAAGUUUCAAAUGAAAAAGUUUUACCUGGUGGUUUAGUUGGUGGUUUUUUAAGAACUACAACUCAAAUGAAAACUUUAAAUCCAAUAUGGAAUGAUGAAUUUCAAUUUGAAAUAUUAAAUGAAAUGGAUAAUUUAUUAAUACAUUUUUAUGUUUAUGAUUGGGAUAGAUUAACUAAAGAUGAUCCAAUGGGUGAUGUAAUAUUUACAUUAACAAAAGAAGAUUUAUAUUUUCUAGUAAAUAAACCAAGAGAAUAUAAAUUAAAUUUACAAAAUGUAGAAACAGGUAAUAUUAUAUUUGAAAUUACAAUUUUAGAAGGUCCAUUAAGAUUAAAAUCACUUUCACUUCAAAGUUAUAAUUCAUUUCUUAAACAUGCUCCAAGAGGUACAUUAUCAAAUACUAAAUUAUCAG